GCCGCCGCCGGCUCCUCCUCCAGGGAGGGAGGGGAUCGCGCCUUCGACGCCGCGGGGAGCAGACGCCGCCGAGCCGGCCCGCCCGUGCUCCCGUUUCUCCACUGGUGCCAACCAGCAAUGGAGUUGGCCUGAAAAACACCACCGGUUCACAACACUGGCUCUUCAGCUUGGCUGUAGACAGUGCCAGGCAAGCCUGCCGUGCUGCCCACUGACCCUGCGUGCGCAGAGGAAAGACAAGUGAGCCCUGUGGCACCUCUUGUGAUGUCGGCCCUGACCGUGGCUGCCGGCGAUUGCAGGCGUGGGAAGGAACGCGGGUGCCAUCAGCCACUUGGACCAUGGUUCGACGAGGCCUAAUGGCUUGGUUCUCUCGGCUGGGAAUCGUGCUGCUGGUUCUCUGCUGCUCGCUAUCGGUGCUCUACAUGUUGUCCUGCAGCCCCAGAGGUGACACGCGGCACCAGAGCCUGGCAGGACAAGAGGAGCUCCACGCUCUCCUCCAGGAGCAAGAAGAGCACCAGCAGGGCUACAUCAGCAGCCUGAAGAGGCAGCUGGUCCAGCUGAAGGAGGCCCUCCAGGAGAGGAGCCAGCAGCUGAAGAGCAGCCUCAGCAAUGCGACGACCGUGGGGGGCGGGCUGGAGCAGGCACCUCCCCAGAGGACCCCAGCCGAUCUCUGGCGGUUCCUGCACUCCCAGCUUGACAAAGCAGAGGUGCACAGGGGUGUGAAGCUGCCCAGUGAGUAUGCGGCCAUGCCCUUUGAGAGCUUUACCCUGCAGAAGGUGUACCAGCUGGAGACGGGCCUGACGCGCCACCCUGAGGAGAAGCCGGUGCGGAAGGACAAGCAGGAGGACCUGGGAGAGGUGAUUGAGGUGGGCCUGGAGACUUUGAACAGGAUGAAGGACAAGGACAGGGCCCAACAGCGGGGGUUGUCCAACUCAGACUUGGUAGAAGGCAUCUGCCGGACAGAAAGAGACAAAGGCACCUUAUAUGAGCUGACAUUCAAAGGAGACAGAAACUACGAAUUCAAGCGAGUUGUCCUGUUCAGGCCAUUUGGUCCCAUCAUCAGAGUCAAGAGUGAAAAUCUCAACACUGCCCAGACCCUUGUGAACGUCAUUGUCCCACUGGCCAAACGGGCUGGCAAGUUUCAGCAAUUCAUGCAGAACUUCAGGGAAAUGGGCAUCCAGCAGGAUGGGAGAAUUCACCUCACAGUUGUUUACUUUGGGAGAGAACAAAUGAGGGAAGUCAAAGGAAUCCUGGAAAACACCUCCAAAUCAGCACACUUCAAGAACUUCACCUUCAUCCACCUGAACGAAGACUUCUCAAGGGGAAAAGGACUGGAAGUCGGGGCUCGUGUCUGGAAAGGCAGCAACGUGGUUCUCUUCUUCUGCGAUGUGGAUAUCUAUUUCACGGCCGAAUUCCUCACCAUGUGCAGACUCAAUACACAGCCAGGGAAGAAGGUAUUUUAUCCUGUUCUUUUCAGCCAGUAUAACCCAAGCCUAGUUUAUGGGCACCAGGAUGCCAUCCCUCCCCUAGAACAGCAGCUGGUUAUUAAAAAGGAGACCGGGUUUUGGAGAGACUUUGGGUUUGGGAUGACUUGCCAAUACCUCUCGGAUUUCAUCAACAUUGGAGGCUUUGAUCUUGGGAUCAAAGGCUGGGGCGGGGAAGACGUGCACCUGUACCGGAAAUACCUCCGUAGCAACCUCCUGGUGGUCAGAAGUCCAGCCCGGGGUCUUUUCCACCUCUGGCAUGAAAAGUUCUGUCCAGAUGAGUUGACCCCAGAGCAAUACAGGAUGUGCCUCCAGUCGAAGGCUAUGACCGAGGCCUCCCCUGGCCAGCUGGGCAUGCUGCUCUUCAGAAAGGAAGUGGAGGCUCAUCGGCACAGAAAGAAAGCCAGUGCUAAGAAGACCUGAAACCCAUACCCCACCCCCCACCCCACAAAAAGUCUGGCUGGUGUCAAGAUUAAAAGGGGCUUCUAAAAACCACAGCUAGAGAAACAAGAUGUGCCCGUGAUGGAUGGACAGAAAAAAAAUGUCCCAGUGACCAAAGUCCUUCCUUCCUAAGGUUUCCCCCUCUCACCUGGGUGUGCUCCACAUACACAGUCGGGGUCAAUACAGAAGGUACAAAGAACAACUUCAAUGUUGCUCAUUGUUAGGGGAAGGCAGAUGACCUUUCAAGUGCACUUAACAUGUGAUGACAUCCUAUGAAGCUUUCAGUUUUAUCAGAGGGGUAGGUGGGCUGGUGGUCACAAAAGACUCUCUUGAAGUCCAACCCGAGGCAGGACCUUGAAGGACAGAGGGGGUGGGGCUGAAGUGCCACGACUCCCAUCCAGCUUUACCCUGACCCAGCUCCUGUCAAGCACUCUUGCAUGCAGGGAGUGGCCCCAUCAGAGGAGGCCCAGCAGGCUCUGGCCUUUUGCAGCCCAUGCGCAGAUGCCGCUGAGAAGUUCUGAAACGUCUCAAAAACAAAAUGAAGAAAUAUGGGCAAGUUUUAACCAGAGACAAUCACUUUAUCUAAGAAGGAACAUCUGGACCAAACCAGAGGAGCUGCAGGAAGGCAAACAUUAAUGGACCACCUGUGCCUUUCUCACUGGGCUGUGGCAUUGGGGGGCACCAUUCUCCUGUACUCGCACUGCUGCCCAGAGAUAUUGGGAGGAAGCUAUCUUUUCUCUCGUGGGGCAAAAAGUGCACAAGGGUAUCUUUUCAGGUUGGAAAAGGCAUUGUUCUGUAAAUAUAAGUGUUUAAGAAUAAAAUCUGGCAAAGUUA